GUGUAUACACGUUUUGUGCGCGUGCGUCAACUGGAAAUGAUACAAUGUAUUCACGCCAACUGAUCGCAAGCAAACUUCAAGCCGCGCUCCGGUGGUUUGUAACUUCACCCACACUUUGCAACAUGCACGGAGGCAGGUACACACAGAGCGCCGGAGCACUGCACAACAACAGUCCCCGCGGGGAGCGAGCCGACGGAAUACAGAGCAUUCACACUGAUAAUAUCCCGGAGACUCACAAUGUACCUAUGAGAAUCCUCAUCAGACCCUUUCCGCCCGUGUUGGACGAAGAUAAAGUCAGGAGUUUAAUGGGAUCCAUCCAGAACUCAGAGCAGCUCCACAACAUACCUCCCAUCGACGUUUUGUGGAUUAAGGGUCAACAAGGUGGUGAUUAUUUCUAUUCCUUCGGAGGGUGUCAUCGUUAUGCAGCUUAUCAGCGAUUGAACAUGGAAACCAUUCCCGCCAAGAUUGUUAUGUCCACCAUCGCCGACCUACGAAUGUAUCUGGGAUCUUCAACCCCUGAUCUCCAGUGAUGAGAACCAGGCAUCGUCCUGACUGAAGCAACUAUCUGUCUCCUGAUACCAAUGCCAAUGUUUCAUUUGCUAAUUGGAGCAGUCUAUAUAAUUAUUUUAGAUCAUUUCAAGAAUGAUCAGAAAUGAGUUUGAAUCAGAGCCAAAUAGCGUGGAAACCGACCCUUUCGGCCCAACUUGCCUGCACUGACCAAUGCCUCAUCUACACUAGUCCCACCUGCCUGCAUUUGGCCCAUAUCCCUCUAAACCUGUCCUAUCCAUGUACCUGUCAAAAUGUACCUGCCUCAACUACUUCCUCUGGCAGCUCGGUCCAAACACCUGUGUGAAAAAGUUGCCACUCAGAUUCCUUUUACUUCUUUCCCAUAACCCUAUGUCCACUGGUUCUCAAUUCCCCUUCUCUGGGUAAAAGACUCUGUGAAUUUACUUUAUCUAGUCCUCUCAUAUUGACUCAUACUCAUUAUUUUACACUCAAUAUUUUUUUUAUCAGGUUAUUUGUGGAAUUCCUUGCCACAGAGGGCGGUGGAGGCCAAAUCACUGGGAUGGAUUUAAGAGAGAGUUAGAUAGAGCUCUAGGGGCUAGUGGAAUUAAGGGAUGUGGGGAGAAGGCAGGUACGGGUUAUCGAUUGGUGACGAUCAGCCAUGAUCACGAUGAAUGGCGGUGCUGGCUAGAAGGGCCGAAUAGCCUCCUCCUGCACCCAUUUCCUAUGUUUCUAAUGCCAUGAUUUAUCCAAUAAUACUCCUGUGAAGAUUCUUUGAGCACAUCGCUGUAUUAAAGAAAUCGUAUAAAUCCUGGUUUUAACCGAGGGUGGCAAAAAAAUAAUGUAACUGUACUUAGGUCCAUGUGAGAAUAAAGUGCCAUUGAAUCAUU